CAGUAUUGCGGUACCGCGGCGCCUGUAAACUCCUCCCGGUCGUUGCGCGGACAUCAUGUGGCCAAGUCUUCCAGCCUGAGAGACAUAUCCAUUCACAGGGGACCCUAUAUAAGCUGUCAGCUGUCAGGUGGAGGACACUUGCUGUUUUGCACCAGGGGACGACGCACAUUAUAACGGAUUACAGCAGAUACCCAUAGCUCUCAAGUGUAACAAUGUCUUGGGGAUACGCAGCGGACAACGGACCCGACAAAUGGGCUGAUAACUUCCCGGUCGCCAAUGGACCCCGUCAGUCUCCCAUUGACAUCGUACCUGCCGAAGCAUCGUACGACUCCGGGCUGAAGCCGCUCUGCCUGAAGUACGACCCCUCCACCUCCCUCGACAUCCUCAACAACGGACAUUCCUUCCAAGUGACCUACGUCGACGACAGCGACAGCUCAACUCUGACAGACGGGCCCAUCUCGGGGGUCUACAGGCUCAAGCAGUUCCAUUUCCACUGGGGAUCCUGUGAUGACCAGGGCUCCGAGCACACCGUGGAAGGGACCAAGUAUCCUGCUGAGCUCCAUCUGGUGCACUGGAACACCAAGUACCCCAGCUUUGCUGAGGCUGCUAGCCAGCCUGAUGGGCUUGCUGUUGUAGGAGUGUUCCUGAAGAUUGGCGCUGACAACGGCAGCCUGCAGACGCUUCUUGAUGCCUUUGAUGCCAUCAAGAGCAAAGGCAAGCAGACCUCGUUCGCCAACUUCGACCCUGCUACCCUGCUCCCAGGUUGCCUAGACUACUGGACAUAUGACGGCUCUCUGACCACGCCCCCCCUGCUGGAGAGCGUUACCUGGAUCGUCUGCAAGGAGCCAAUCAGCGUCAGCCCUGGUCAGAUGGCCAAAUUCCGCGGCCUGCUCUUCUCCUGCGAGGGCGAGGCCGAGUGCUGCAUGGUGGACAACUACCGCCCUCCCCAGCCCCUCAAGGGUCGCAGCGUCCGUGCUUCCUUCCAAUAAUACCCCCUCCCCCUGCCCCUGUAGCCCUGCUGCCCUUUCCCUUCCCCCUGCUUGGCGAGACACCCAGAAUUACCUCUCUUGCAGUGAGCCACAAAUCACACAUAUCUCUCUCCGUCCAGUUUUAAAGAAAUAAAAUUCCUGUGUGGCCCAUUCCUGCACUGCUGGGCUGUCUAGCUGUCAGGUGGAGCACUUGCAACAUCAGCCGUGUUAAUAUCUUUGUUUUUUUCCCUGUAUGAUAAUAAGUUAAGACGCCCUUUCAUAGUUUAUUUAAUAGGUUGAACACUCCACAGUGGCUCUGUGACACGUUUACCGGUUUUUCACAUCUGGUGCCAAUGCUUUAGAGAUAUCUAACUGUGGUGUGUAGUUCUGUUUUGUGUCAAUCAUCAACCAGCAUGCAAACAAAGCCAAGGCUGAAAAUGUAGAAAUAUGGUCAGAAUGAUUCUACCGAGCCAGCAGGAAGAUGAAAAUUGAAGCAGUCCUGACGAGGUGUGGGGGGCUUUGGGUGGGUGAAACUACGUUGCCAUCUGUGAGGAGGGCAAGGUACACAGGAAGAGGCUUGCACAUUCAGAGAAACAGCCACACACUCAUCCUGCCAGUCUGUCUGUAAUCUCUGACCGACUGCCCGCCUCAGGAUCACAGCAGCUUAAUGAAACACUGCGGCUGCCUCCAUCACACCCGAUUGACUCAGAAAAUCCCCCUCUGGCACAUGCACACAGACACACAGCAUCUCACACACACACAGUCACAUGCAGACAUAUACACAGGCCAUGCCUAUAGGCACUGACCUGCUUAUUGAUAGCCGCUCUUUGUGCAACAAUAAAGCAACAAAGGGCAUGAGGACAUGCUGCUGCUAGUGCUAGCUACUGAGCUCAAUCAUGAUAAAGGCAUAUUUCUUUGUUUUUACAGCCUAAUCUUCAAAACUAGCAUCAUUUCAUCAUUUCAUCUGUCUGUCCCAUGUUGUGUUUAGUGAUUGUAUGGAUGAUGUUUUAUUUUAUUUGUUUUUUUUUUAAAGCCUGACAGUUCAUACAAAAUUAAAUGUUUUUAAGUUAUUCCUGAAUUAUAUUUUGUACCCGAAAGCUCAUCUGAAUUUUUGGUUGUCCUGAUGAUAUAGCAAUAGCGAGGAGUGGCCCUCCUUUUCCCAAAUGCAAAAAUGCGCAAAAAAACCUGUACCUUGUGUUGUUUUGAAACUCUAUUGUGUCAUGUGCUUGAACGCUUGAAACGCACAUCUGCCGUGUAGGCAAUGCCAUAGUGGCUAAUGCACAGAGCCAACAAAGAAAUUAACCUGCCAAAUGAUAAGCUUAUAGUGUCACCCUGGUGUUGGGCCAGGAAGGGUAAUUCAGAGAAGAUCACGCGAGGUCACCUUCAGCCUUGGGACCACAGAAUCUUGCCCUGUCAGCAUUGCUAAAAUAAUAAUGAAGUCUGUCAGAAAUCAUGCAUUUCCAGGAAGGAUGAUUGUUCUUGUUAAUUAACUUAAAAAAAAACUUCUUAUGCCAAGUUAGAGCCCCCCUGGGAGUAUGUCUUGUUGUCAUGCUAUUUUGAAAGUGGACAUUUUAUUAGUUAAAUAAAUAUAUUUUAUGACUAA